CCUCAUUCGCUCGAACGCAACGAUCGCGCGCGGUUGUCUCGCCCAGCAGAAAGAUAUUAAGUUCCGGAACGAAGUACGAAGUGUAUCGCAGAACUCUGAACGAAGUACUCUCAACCCCCCACCCCACGCCCACCAAUCGCUUUUCAUUUUCGCAGAGAGAACGAUCCGAGUCCGCUUGCGAUUCCAACAAGUGCGAGUGAAGUUCACCGCUAAAAGAAGAUGGCCCAACCACAGUUGCUGCAAGUCAAAUUGUCACGUUUCGAUGCCCAGCCCUGGGGAUUCCGCCUUCAGGGGGGCACGGACUUCGCCCAGCCCCUUCUGGUGCAAAAGGUUAACGCCGGCAGCUUGUCCGAGCAGGCUGGCCUCCAGCCCGGCGAUGCGGUGGUCAAGAUCAACGACGUGGAUGUCUUCAAUCUACGGCACAAGGACGCCCAGGACAUUGUGGUGCGCUCCGGCAACAACUUUGUCAUCACAGUGCAGCGUGGCGGCUCCACCUGGAGGCCGCAUGUGACGCCCACGGGCAACGUGCCGCAGCCCAACUCGCCGUAUCUGCAGACGGUGACGAAGACCUCUCUGGCUCACAAACAACAGGACAGCCAGCACAUCGGCUGUGGCUACAACAACGCGGCCCGCCCCUUCUCCAACGGCGGCGAUGGAGGCGUGAAGAGCAUUGUCAAUAAACAAUACAACACCCCGGUUGGCAUUUACAGCGAUGAAUCUAUUGCGGAAACACUCUCGGCCCAGGCGGAGGUUUUGGCUGGCGGUGUGCUCGGCGUCAACUUCAAGAAGAACGAGAAGGAAUACCAGGGCGAUCGCUCCGAGGUGCUGAAGUUCCUGCGCGAGGAGGAGACCGGCCAGUCCACUCCAGAACCACAUAGUCCCGCCAACUUUUACUGGACACAGAGCCACGUAAUUGGCGGCAACGAGCGGCGCACUCCGCUGCACCACCAACACCAACAGGAUGAGCGGAUUGGGGUGCCGCUGCAGUCGAAUACUUUGGCGCCGGCGGCACCGCACAGGCCCAGCUUGCCAGUGGCCCCCAAGGAUAAGCAGGAGGAUCAGGAGCAGCCCGAUCCGCGCAUCAUUGUGCUGCCCAUCUGCCCCAGCCUCCAGGGGCCCGAGUACAAGGCCGAAAUGGAGGCGGCGGCGGCGGCUCUGGCCACCGACCAGGAUGGACGACCACGUCCAUUGACCGCCAGCGGACAUCCGGCCUGCCAGCUGUGCGGCGUGGGCAUUGUUGGCGUGUUCGUGCGCAUCAAGGACAAGAACCUGCACGUGGAGUGCUUCAAGUGUGCCACCUGCGGCACUUCCCUCAAGAACCAGGGCUACUACAACUUCAACAACAAGCUCUACUGCGACAUCCACGCCAAGCAGGCCGCCAUCAAUAAUCCCCCCUCCGGCACCGAGGGUUACGUCCCCGUUCCCAUCAAGCCCAACACCAAGUUGAGUGCCACCACCAUCUCGUCGGCCUUGAACUCGCACGGAUACGGUGGCUCGAACUCGAACGGCUACUCCAACGGAAACUCCGCCCCCGCCCCGGCACCGCCUGAGUCUGAGAGCAGCCAGGAGUUGCCUCUGCCACCGCCCCCCUCGCCCACCCAGCUGCUGCAGUACGAAGAGGAGCAGCAGCAGCAGCAUCAGCAGCAGCUAGUUUCCCCGGAGCAACACCUGCCCGCCACCCAGCAGCAACUGCAACAGCAGCAACAUACUCGCACCCACAGCAGCCUGUCAUCCAUUUCCAGUGGCUCCUCCUCCUCCGGAGUGGGCGGCAGCGGCAGUGGGAGUGGCAGUGGCGUGGGCCAGAGCCAGCAGAGCUACUCCUCCACGCUGUCCCUGGACCGCUUCGGAUCGCCCCUCCACUCGCGCCAGACAUCCGCCUCCUCUACCUCGCUGGAGGUGGCUGUGGCCGGGCCUCCCGCUGGUCAGGGUGAUAAUUACACAAUGCCACCCUCGCCGCCGCCACCGCCUCCUCCGCAGGCGCAGUCUCAGUCCGUAACGAAUUACAGGCUACAGGCGCAGAACGAGAACGACAUGAAUACGCAGAACAAGAGCCCCAAUGCGUACAACCAGCUGUUGAAAGAGUACUCCAACAAGCUGCAGCAGCAACACCACAGCAACACGCAACACACGACAACAACACCCACCUCACAGAGACACAACAACACGGCCAAGCCAUUUGCAGGGGCAAUACCACCACAGCAACACUUGCAACACCAGCAACAACAACAGCCGCUUGUGGCAGCGCUAACGGCGACACUUGCUAAUCAAUUGAAAUUUAACCCACAUCAGGUUGCAAGCCCCCAAGCAAUACAAGCAACACAAGCAGCAACAGUAGCAACACCCAUUUUAACAGCUGCAACAGAUAGCCCAGCUGCAGCAGCAACAGCAGACAAUAUGUCGGCCUACGUGGCGGAUGAGCCGUCUUCGAUUUAUGGCCAGAUUAACACCAACUCGGGGGCUAUAGCCCCACCCCCCCAACAACAACAACAACCCUCCGCCGGCGGUGGCGAUCAGCCCUUUGAGUACGUCACGCUCACCGGCAACGUCAUCCGCAGCGUGCAGGCCCCCGGAAAGGGGGCGGGCACCAGCUACAAGGUGAACCAGGGCUAUGCCCGUCCCUUCGGAGCCGCCGCUCCCAAGUCGCCGGUGUCGUAUCCGCCGCAGCAGCAGCAGCAGUCGCCGCGUCCCGCUCCCGGCGGCAACAUCAACAACAACAACCCGUACGCCACUUUGCCCCGCAGCAACGUUGGCCAACAAGGUGGAGAGGCUGUGGAGGAGCUGCAGCCGGAAUUCGAGGAGGAGGACUGCUUCGAGAUGGACAUCGAGGUGGCCCUGGCCGCCAGUCGGCAGUCGCAGCGUGGCUCCAGUUUCACCUGGCCACCACCGCAGGAUGACAGCCACCUGGCGCCCACCGCCGCACCACUCUACAUCCCGCCGCCCGAGACGCAACAUGUGGUGGUGUCCAAUCCGGUGCAGCAAGUGCCUCCGUUACCACCUGGAGCGGCAACUGCUCGACUAGAUCCGCAGCCCCAAGGGGAAAGCUCCCAAUGGCAGAGCUAUUCUGCUCCACAAUUAACAGCCGCCAGUGCGCGUCAGUUGGCGGAGCAGGAAUCGAGCUCGGACAGCUACACAUCCACUUCGACCACGACGACGACCACUUCGGAGGAGUAUCAGCGGAUGUACGCUGCCCAGAUUCAGGCCUACCAGAUGCAGGAGCAAUCUGGCUCCGAGUUCGAUUACCAGGUGGAUUACGGAAGCACCCAGGAUUCCAUUCAGGAGUACGCCUCCGGCAGGAGAAGUGCCCAGGAGUGUGUGGACUCGCUGGCGGUGCCGUUGAGCACCUACAAGCUAGUCGACAUGGUAAGGGAGGUGACACCCAGUCCCGUGACCACGCCCACUCAAACACCCGCUCCUGCUCCCUCGACCCGACGCGUUGUGUUCAACGAUGAGCCCGAGAUCAAGGAGUUGCCCCAACUAUCCGGCGAGCUGGAGACCAUACCCGAGGCCCUAGAAGGUAUCGAGGAUCGGGAGGGUCUGGUGAUCGAACAGCGAUGCCAGAUCCUUGAGAGCGAACGCAAGUUCCAGCCCACGCCCGAGAUCAAGAUUGAGAUUGCCCCGGUGCGCCAGAUACCUCCGACCAAGAUUCCCAAUCCCAUGCCCAAGGAGUGGAUUAAUCCCAUGAUUCGAGUGUUGACCACAGCCCCGGAGGUUCCCUUCCACCUGGUGGAGUGUCCCUUCCCCCGUCCCUGUGGGGAUGACUUCGAAGCAGAGGCGGAGGCAGCUGAAUCCGCCAGAGCUCAAGAAGUGCCUGCUCCUCCUCCUCCUCCUCCACCACCGGCUCCUGCUCCAGCUCCAAUUGAGCCACCACUUGCUCCCUUGCGUGAGUCUCCUCCCCGGGGAUCCCGUCUCACCCAAGCCAUGGUAACCGCUCCCGAGUUCGCGCUCCAGUUUGCCCCUCCCGCCGACCAGGGCAUCCCACUGCCGGAGGAAACCGAGCCCUACAUGCCACCACCCAUCGAAAUCAAGCCCUAUCUGCGGGAGGAUUACCGACCCAAGUCUCCGUUUGUGAGUGCCCUAACCACCGCCCCCGAACGCCCCUUCGAAGGUCACUUCGACAAGGAUGUGCCCAUCCACAUGAUCGACCUGCCCACCCCCAAAGAGCACCUGAGCAUGUGCGAUGCCCUGUGCACCGCCCCGGAACGUGGCUACACCCCCCUGAACCCCGAGAACGCCAUGCACCGCGUGGACGAGGAGCAGAAGCAGCAGGAACUGAAGAAGCAUGAAUUUCAGGUGCUGGAUCACGAGGAGGAGCUGGGCAUCCGGCCGGAGCCGCCACAGUCCGUGGAGUUCUACGAGACGCGCAGGGAUCAGCCCCGGAAGUCGUCCGCCUUUGCGGCCAUGCAAGCAUUCCAGCCAUCCCGUGAGCCGCUCUCCUCGAACUCGGUCUCCAAUGCUGGCAGCGUGGUCGACACUCCCCGGGCAUCGAUUGUGUCCGCCCUGAAGGAGGAAACCGAUCUGGAGUUCCAGAAGUACUGCAAGGCCCAGCAGCGCAAUCAGAAGCGAUUGGAGUACUUCCACCAGAAGGAGGAGGAGCUGUCGGGCCUCCAGGGGCAGCAGCUCACCCAACUGCAGAGGGAACUCUCGAACCAGCAGCAGAACCUCCUGAGCCAACAGCAACUGCAGCAGUCCAAGAUGCUCCAGCUGCAGCAGUGUGCCCAGAGUCAGGAGUUGCAGCACCAGAUGCAGCAACUCACACAGAAGUCGCAACAGCAGCAGCAGCAGCAGCAGCCUCCCCAACAGCAACACUCCCAAGUAGCCCAACAGCAACAGUCCCAAGUAACCCAAAGAACCCAACACCAGCAGCAGCAACAAGUGUCCCAAGUAACAGCCCAACAGCAACAUCAAGUAACCCAACAGCAACAUCAAGUAACCCAACAGCAACAGCAACAUCGACACUCUCUGCUCUCGCAAACCACACUCGCCGAGACCCAAACCCUUCAGGCCAACGCCCAAUCUCAGAGUUCCGCCUCCUACAGCUCCAAAGCGACUGCUUGCUCUAACUCCUCUUCCACAGUCCCACCUGCCACCUCAACCGCUUUCGCACCUGCUCCUGCACCAGCACCUGCACCUGCACCUGCUCCUGUCCGCCAACUACCAGCUAUCGCUGUACAAAGUAGCCACUGCAGCAGCCAGUUCGAUGCCCACGAACUGAUCGAGGAGACCGCCGAGGAGCUCGAGCACUCGGAGGUCCUGUUCCCGCCGCCCUCCCCGCUGAGCCACCUGACCAAGCAGGGCAAAGCCGUACAGUCCGGCCUCCACAAGGCGGACAGCAUCCCCAAGUACCAGCGCAACUGGACGGUGCUGCCCACCCAGAGUCCCAUCCGUACCCCGGAGCCGCAGGAGCUGCGCGAGAAUGUCCCGUUGGCGUUCGUGGAUGGGGCAUCCAAGGCGCCGGUCACUAGUGACUCCUCCACUGUACAUAAACCCAUAGCCAUAGCCCAGGUGGCCCAAGUUGCCGCGCCGACAAUUGUGGUUGCUCCCUCCCGGGAAAGGGAGAAGGAGCGGCGACCGCAGCUGUCGGUGCCCAUUAUUGUUGAGGAUCGAUCCGGUCCAGUAACGAUGGCUUUCCAACCGCUAGACGAACUGGUGCGCCCGGACCAGGCCCUGACGCCCACCCGGCCGUACACGCCCUCGCUGACCAACAAGCCGGCUCCCAUUGUGCCCUUCUAUCAGACGGAGGAGAAGCUCGUCUUCGAGGAGUGCUCGGCCACGCACGCGAGGAACUACAACGAGCUGAGUGCCUCGCCCUUCCCGGACAGGACGCGUUCCCCGGCCCCAGGACCGCCACCAAAUCCGCUGAAUGCCAUCCGAGCUCCGAGGAUGAAGGAGCCGGAACCGAAGUCGACAAUUCUCUCCGUGUCCGGCGCUCCCCGCCUGCAGACAGGCUCCAUUACGACGGGCCAGAGCUACCAGGGUCAGCUGUUGGCCCACUCGGAGCAGAGCUCACAGUCGGCCAGCCAGAGCUUCAGCCAGCAGCCGGAGAGGAUUACGGAACAGAGGGUGGGCAAUCUGAGCAUCCAGCAGCGGGAGCAGUCUUCCCAAUUGCAACAGCAGGCCCAGUCGCAGUCGCAGAGUCAAACGCGCAGCCAGGUGGGAAAUACCCAGAUCGAAAGACGUCGCAAGGUCACCGAGGAGUUUGAACACACCCAAAGUGCCAAGACCAUUGAGAUCCGCACUGGCUCGCAGUCUGUUAGCCAGACCAGGGGUCAAUCCCAGUCAGUUACCCAGGCCAGGGGUCAAUCCCAAUCAGUUAGCCAGAGUCAAAGCCAGGCUCAAUCCCAGUCCCAGGGCCAAUCGGACACUGAGCGCCGCUCUUCGUACGGCAAGACGGGAUUCGUGGCCAACCAGGCCAAGCGUCUGUCCUGUUUGGAGCAGGAGAUCAGCAGCCUGACCAGCCAGUCGCAGGCCAUCAGUGCCCGGGCCUCUGCACUCGGGGAGGGUUGCUUCCCGAACCUGAGAUCGCCCACCUUUGACUCCAAGUUUCCCCUAAGGCCGGCGCCCGUGGAGUCCACAGUGCCGGGCUACGGGACAGCUCCAGCCGCCACAAGCAAGCUAAUGGCGCCACCACCUGGUUUCAUCCAGCAGCAACAAAGUCAGCAGCAGCAGCAGCAGCAAAGAUCUGCCUUCUCCGGCUACCAAGCCACCACUUCAUCAGUGCAGCAAAGCUCGUAUGCGAGCAGCCAGAAAGCCACCUCCUCAUCGCUCUCAUCAUCCUCAUCAGCAUCUGCUUCAGCAUCAGCAUCCGUCGCGAGAUCGUCGCAAAGUCUAACCCAAGCUUCUGCUAUUACUACCACCACUAAUAACCAGGCCACCACGGCCUACAGGAGCAGCAAUGGCAGCACCAUCAAGCCUAAUCUGGCCUCGCGGCCAUCCAUCGCUUCCAUCACAGCUCCAGGAUCAGCUCCAGCUCCAGCUGUAGCUCAAGCUCCAGCUCCAUCUGCGGCCCCAAUCAAAGCUACUGCUCCGUUCAAAGCCCCCAUUGCGCCAAAGUCGGUGAUUGCGAACGCCGUUAACGCUGCUGCUCCGCCCGCUCCCGCUGUCUUUCCGCCAGACCUGAGCGAUCUGAACCUGAACUCUAAUCUGGAUGAUUCCCCAGGUGCCGGGAACAAGGGCGCUGGAGCCUUCGGAGCCACCUCAGCGCCCAAGAGGGGCAGGGGCAUCCUGAACAAGGCCGCCGGACCCGGAGUGCGCAUCCCACUGUGCAACAGCUGCAACGUGCAGAUCAGAGGACCCUUCAUCACGGCUCUUGGCCGCAUCUGGUGCCCGGAUCACUUCAUCUGCGUGAACGGCAACUGCCGUCGUCCGCUGCAGGACAUUGGAUUCGUUGAGGAGAAGGGCGACCUGUACUGCGAGUACUGCUUCGAGAAGUACCUGGCGCCCACCUGCAGCAAGUGCGCUGGCAAGAUCAAGGGUGACUGUCUGAAUGCCAUUGGCAAGCACUUCCACCCGGAGUGCUUCACUUGCGGCCAGUGCGGCAAGAUCUUUGGCAACAGGCCCUUCUUCCUGGAGGAUGGAAACGCAUACUGCGAGGCCGAUUGGAACGAGCUGUUCACCACCAAGUGCUUCGCCUGCGGCUUCCCCGUGGAAGCUGGUGAUAGAUGGGUGGAGGCCCUGAACCACAACUACCAUAGCCAAUGCUUCAACUGCACGUUCUGCAAACAGAACCUGGAGGGCCAGAGCUUCUACAACAAGGGCGGACGUCCCUUCUGCAAGAAUCACGCGCGCUAAAAUGCCGACCAGCUGAUUUUGUUCGACUUCAGGGAUCACGCACACUAACCAACAACAACAACAACAACAACUAUCUUCACAAUCCUCGGAUUACUUGGAUAUCUAAAGCUUAUUAUUGCAAUUGUCAGAGUGAAUAAUGCGUAACAAUUAUUAUUUCUAUUUGUUUUUGAAUUGUGCACACAAAUGUUAUCCUAAUUUUAAAUGAUGAACGAAUCACUCUAAAUCAAAACCGUAGCUGCAAACGACACGAAAUCGAAUUAGCUAGCAAAUUAUAUGAUGCCCAACACAACACAACUAUUAUUUAUUCAACAAACAUCGUAUCAUAACCGAACUACCGAUCCCACGCUAAAUAUGUAUAUGUAUAUUGUGGCCAGAGUUAAUUUACUUAGUUGAGCCUGAGCACUGUUGAUCAACCCGGAACCAAAAGCCAACAAAUCGCGCGAGAGGAUUUCCCAAUUCGAUUGGCGACAUAAUCGGAUGAUGAAAAGUCAGACGAGGUUGUUUCAGCAGGUAGUUGCUUAUUUAAUUUCUAAAUUUAUGUUGUAAAUUAUCCAUAAUUCGAUUGUAAAUUUUAAAUGAUCAGCAAGUGAAUAAAUUUCGAAAUCUUUUUCGCGUUUAA